AUGGAACUUCACGUAUACAUUGCCCACACGGGCCAACAUCUUCAGGUAGACCCUGGAUCCUUUACCUCUCUAGACGAUUUUAAGUUGUGGGUGGCCAAGUAUACACCUAUUGCCGCCAGCGAUCACAUAUCUCUUACCGCAGCAGCCAAAGCAGUGCGAUUUCAAGGGCUUUCUUCAGAGCAAGAAAUAUUCGUAUAUGACAGGCGCAUCAUUCAGCAAUCUUCUAUAGCAUCUGCGAAAUCAUUGAUCUCUGAAAUCCCCCUACCGCGCAAAUAUACUGUUUCUCGACCCCCAGAUUCGAUCACAAACGAGAAGGACCUACAAGCAUGGCAAGACUUAUUCGUCGAAAGACGGGCAUGGGCUGCAAAAGUAGUGGAAGAUUGUGCUUCCAUGUCGGAUCAAGCGCAGCAAAGGUACAUCGAAACGGAGGUGAUUACUCGGUGUGUGGAUACCGCUGUUUUGAACCUGGAGAAGCAUGUCAGGGUGCUGGACCAAAAGAAUGCCGAAGUUCAAAACUACGUCGAAGAAAUGCAGAAACUCAACGUCGCUGGCGGGGAUUGGGAAAUAUCAAUGGCUCGAUUAAAGUCGCUACCUGCGACUGCAGACGUGAUUAAUUUUAUCACAGGCCGUGACUUGUCGAAGGCCAAGCGCCAAAUCACCUUAGCGGACUUGGUUGAUGCGGAAGAAGUCAAAAGGUCUGGAAAGCUGUUGGGCAAAAUUUCGAAAAAUCUCGAGCGUAGUAGUGUAGAAGCCGGACAGGAAGUGGACGAGGUCAUGCGAAGGAUUGACCAUCUAAUUGAAAAGGUCGAGAAAAGUCCUGCGCGAGCGGCUAUUCCACAAUCUCAGGAACCUAUUGCUUUACUGGAGGACAUUGAGGCAAUAUUUAGAAAGGUCAAUACUGACUGUGAAGCCAUUCUUGGCUUUACGAACACACCGAAAAAUAUUUCACAAGCUUCAAAAUCGGCGCUUCUCCACACUGAUAAGUUUUUACCCUCGCUAUCUAAAAGGGCCAUCGAGAUGGAGGAAAUCAUGCAGACCGUUACGAAGUUGCGAAAUUCCUCCGCAAUAUCAUCCUUAGAGUUCAUGUAUGACAUCGCCAGCUUAACAACGAUGCUUGCAGAAGUCAACAGUCGAUUUGCUGCCCUGGAAUUGGAUGGUGAUGGGGUCAACGCCUUGCAUUUGAUUUCAAUGCUGGACACAUUACCGGUCACUUUUGUUUCAUUCUUGGCCGAAGCAGUCAGGCGCAGUGAAUGGGACGAGAAAGUAAGAUCAGAUUCCUCGACUUUGGCUAAUGAAAUGGCGAAUUUCCAAGAAGAAGAAACGAGGCGACGACGAAAGUGGCAGAAGAACGUCGGAGCUACUUUGUGGGAUGAAAAGCCUGAGACGCAGGUCAUGGCUCUGGAAGUCGUCUUGCACGGGGAAGAGGACGAUUGGCCUCAAGCUUCUCGGCGGGAUUUAGAAGACAUUUUGGCAAUCCUUAGGGCUGAAAAUAUUCAAUCACCGAUGCUUAGCGACAUUUCGAGAAUCAUUUCGGACCUCAACAACCCAACAAGACAGCAAAGUAAGAGGGCAAAUGCAUUUAAGGCGGGGAGUAUUCACGAAUCAGCUCUUGGCAAAAGCGCUCUAUUAAUGCGUGGGGACGACGAAGCCUUGAAAAGUAUGCAAGAUGAGAAGUCAAGGCUUGAGAACAAAUUGAGAACCGCUGAAAGUCGAAUUCGAAGGCUUGAGGAUCUAUUGCAUCGGCAAACUCAAGCCAACAGGACUUCAAUCGGAAACGUGUUUUCAGUACCCAAUACUCCUAGCCCUGAUGUUCACAGUGUGGAAAACCCCAUACCAUCACGCCCGAAUGACGACUCUCGACGGUCUUCGAUAUCAUCCCGACGCUUUUCUGCGAAUCGAGGCGAGGAAGAAGCAGCCUUCCAGCAGAAGCUACUUUCUUUGGAGGCGGAGUUGAUUACUGAACGUGAACGCGCUUCAGGCUUGGAGAAAGAGGUUGCUGCCCAGAAUACCUCAGCGAACGAGUUGAAGUCUCAACUUGAAGAAAUGAAUUCCAUGAAACACGACCUUUCGGAGAACUUCAAAGCACAGCAACAAGACUUCAUUGACGAGCGCAAAGCUUUGAAUGAUGACAUCAAGCGUUAUAAGGCAAAACUAGAAGAGCUGGAGGACGAGAUGGAUAGAUAUCUCGGCUCCAGAGAGAACGAGAAGUCCGAUGUUGAUGAUCGUGUUCGUCUCUUACAAGAUGAACUGGAUCAAUUACGAAAGGAUAGUGCCGCGGAGGCCCAAAAAGCUCAAGGUCAGGUUGACUUCUUGAGAAACGAUGCAAAAUUGCAGAGGGAGACCAAUGAGACCUUGGAAAGGCAAAUGCAGGUUCUCAGAGAAGAGAAGAAGGAACUAUUAUCCCGCACGAUCCAGGCAGAAUCGGCUGCUGAAGAUCAGCUGAAGACUUUGCAAGACAUCCAUUUGCAGUUAUCACCCAAGUUGAGGAUGCCACAGGAGUUCACAGCCCUCUCGGGGUCGUUGACUAACAAAUCACUGAGCUUGAUAUCCGAGCUUGAAAAUACGAAGCGCGAUUACAACCUUGCAAAAUCGCAGCGGGAUGAUGCAGAAACGACGAUUUCGGAGCUGAGAUCCGAACUUGCGGAUUACAAGGAAAAGUUUGCUACCGAAGAGAAGGAAUCGCAAUCCUUGCGCGAAGAAUUAGCAUCCGAGAGAGCUAAGUACUCUGCUCUGGAGGCCGAGCUCACUGACGAGCGCCUUCAAUUAAGCUCCAUAAGAACCAAGAUGGCAGAUGGCGAAACAGGAUCUGAGGCUCUACGUAAUCGUCUAGAAGAGGAGGAACGCAAAGUCACAUCUCUGUCGGAGGAUCUUGCUAGACAACUUUCUCGUAUCGGAAGUCUCGAGGAAGAGAUAAGAUCGUAUCAAGAAAAGCACCAAUUUGCACAAGAAAGAGUUGAGAGAUUGAACGACAGAUUCGAUUCACGCACUUCGCGUGCAAAAGACCUUACACAACGAGUGUAUUCUCAAAACGAUAAGCUUGUCCGACUACUUGAGCGUUUGAGUUAUUCGGUCACCAAAGACAAUGGCUCAAUGAUCAUUCAGAAAUUACCAAAACCUGAUCGUAGCAUGAUCAACGGGAAUGAUUCCUCAGAUGCUGGAAAUAAGCUCAGGCGAAGCAUGACAGGUUCGACGACAAUGAAAGCCAUGGUCGAUAGUGGAGACCUUGACCUUUUGUAUUGGAUGCACAAUGACGAUCCUGAGACAGAAAGUGAGAAGUAUGACGCUUACAUCAAUUCAAUCGGUAGCUUCGAUAUCGAUAACUUUUGUGAGGUCAUUGCAAAGCGAGUCAGAGACAUGGAAUAUACAGCCAAGAAAUAUUCAAAAGAUGCUCGUGCUUACCGGGAAAAGUCCCACAGAGCUCAAAAGGAAGCCCAUGAGAAGAUUGCUUUCAAGAAUUUCAAAGAAGGUGAUCUAGCCUUAUUUCUGCCAACUAGAAAUCAAUCCACCGGUGCAUGGGCAGCAUUCAACGUUGGCGCUCCUCAUUACUUCCUUCGAGAACAAGAUUCUCAUAAGCUCCGCUCUCGCGAUUGGUUAUUAGCUCGAAUCCAUAAAAUCCAGGACAGAGUAGUUGAUCUUUCCAAAUCCAUCACGGAUGGUCGUUCCUUCGCAAGCACAGGCGACUCCUUCGAUGACGAUAACCCAUUCGAUCUUUCCGAUGGUCUUCGUUGGUAUCUCAUUGAUGCCUCGGAGGAGAAGCCAGGUGCUCCAUCUACACCUGGUCUCGCCAAAAGCACAGUCGCUAGCGCAAAUAUAGAUGCAACAGCUACGAUUCGUCGCCCUAAGAAAUCAUCGAGUACGGGUGCUGAGGGGCUUAAUAAAACCCUGGCGAAGAGUCUGGAUAGUAGGAGAAGCAGUAGUAACUCCAAAAAAGCUAUUCAGAUUGCCGCAUCGCCGUUGAGGAAAACAGGCUCGACGGCUUCAGUUAGUGGUUUGAGAAACGAAGCAAUCGGGGAUACGAUGGAUUCCGCAGUUGUAAAGAAUGGUGAUGGGAGCACCAAUGUAGCUGCAGCUUCUGCUACUCCUGAAGCAGUAAACAAUGAGGUUCGAAAUCCUUUGGAUAAUCUCUUGGGUCCUUGA